AUGUCGAUUCCUAUUCGCACCCGGUCCCGGUGGGCAAUUGAGGCCCUGCAACACGCGACACAUGUUCCACGCUCAUCGCGGACACCCAGUCUACGUCUGAGCCAGCUCUCCACCCCAACGACGAAAAGGGCAAUCAGCUACACCACCCAAAACCGCAACAACCAAACCGCACCCAAACCCACCCCCGCAACUCCCACAAAGCCCGCUCCACCAGCCUCAACUCCAAUCCCCACAGGCAGCCCCGCAGCCCGCGUCUCAGACCCUACCCCCAACCGCGCAACGACGGAAAACAUCUCCAAGAGCGGGCUCUCCGAUAAGCCCCUCGAGCUCGAGCACCCAGCUGAAGAGAGAAUCGACUGGACAAGAUCUUUCCACGGUCUAUCGGCAGCGCCGUUCCCCAAGGAAGCGGCUGAUAUCCUGCUUGCGGAGACGGACCCCGAUGAGGUCGAGAUCAAGCCUGAUGGUAUCCUUUACCUGCCAGAGAUCAAGUAUCGCCGGAUUCUGAACCGAGCCUUUGGGCCUGGUGGGUGGGGUCUUGUGCCGAGGAGUGAGAGUAUUGUUACGCCUAAGACGGUGACGAGGGAGUAUGCUCUUGUUUGUAAUGGACGCCUUGUCUCUGUCGCCCGCGGUGAACAGGACUACUUCUCCCCGGAUGGCAUUCCCACUGCUACAGAAGGCUGCCGAUCGAACGCGCUCGUGCGCUGCUGCAAGGACCUCGGCAUUGCGAGUGAACUGUGGGACCCGCGCUGGAUCCGCAAGUACAAGGCGAAGUACACGCGCGAGGUAUUUGUGGAGCAUGUCGUUAAUAAGAGGAAGACUAAGAUCUGGAUUCGGAAGGACGAUCCUGUUGGAUACCCGUGGAAGGAGAGUGGUAAAUAG